UACAGACUGACUGAGUGACAGGUGAAACACAUUUGGACAAUUGUACCAAUGUGCAUGAGGAAUGAGAGAGACCGAUGGAUUGAACGGCACACAGGGAAGGGGCUGCAUACCUCACAACAGUAGUACAUGGAUACGUUGGGUGAAAACAAGGAGAACAAUUUAGGAGGGAACGUGAAAGAGGGGGCAAGAGAGAGAGAGAGAGAGAGAGAGAGAGAGAGAGAGAGAGAACCAAAGAGGUGCUAGUCAUGAGUGGGGGUCAUUGGACUCAUUAGGAAUCGCGCACGAGAGAGAGCAAAGAUAUAAUAACACAUUCAGUAGUUGAGGAAGUAAUACCCACAGGCUGGCACUUUAAUACAUCCGAUUAACUGCUGCAGAUUGUUGAUAUCAUUUGUAACUUGAUAACAAGCAACAGAAAACUUACCGGUAGUCCUGCUCAGUGUUUUAUAAAUGGGAAAGAAAGAGUGAGUGAGAGAAAACUGCCCAAGAGACAUUUCAACGUUGGACAAUGACUACUGCAGCUGAAGAACUGGAUGAGCUGUGCUACCUCACAGCUCAGUCUGUGACAUCACUGGUGACAUCAGAGCACUUCAAAGUCAUCAAAAAGCUAGGUCAAGGGUCAUACGGCAAAGUGAUGCUGGCCUUGCAUAAGAAAAGAGGAACUCCAAUGGCUUUGAAGUUCUUCCCUCGCAAAACCACAAGUCUUCAAGCUUUCCUGCGUGAAUACAACCUUUCGCUCUCUUUUUGCACACACCCCUCUCUGACGCGGGCUGUAGGAAUCUUCUACUCCACACCUGUUCACUAUGUCUUCGCCCAGGAGGCUGGUCUAUAUGGUGACCUGUAUAAUGUCAUCGUGUCUGAGGAGGGGGUGAGCGAGGAGUGCACCCAGCGUGUGAUGUCUCAGUUGAGUGGUGCUGUGUCCCAUCUUCACUCUCUUGGCUUUGUGCACCGGGACAUAAAACCAGAGAACGUUUUCCUGUGCGACCGAUUUUGUCGCUGGGUCAAACUGGGUGAUUUUGGCCUGACGAGGGCGCAGGGGACCGAGGUCCGUGCCGUGUGGUACAACUCUCCUUUCUGCGUGCCUGAAGUGGAGCACGCCAAAUCGAUUAGUGAGGCAAAGGAGGAAGACGAGCAAGAAGAUAUCUGGAUGUCAGUAGAGCCCAGUUUGGAUAGUUGGGCUUUGGGCAUCCUUAUAUUCUGCAUGCUGACUGGUUGCUUCCCAUGGGAAGAGAGCACUUCUGAUGACCCUUCCUACUGCAUGUACAGAGACUGGUUCAACCAAACCAAACAAAGAGAAGAGGGUUACCAAAAUAACAAUAACAUCACGGGUGAGAAGGCAGAACUAGAGAUGCCUCCACAGUUUGAGUAUUUAAGCUCACUGGUCCUCACCCUGCUAAGACACCUCCUGCACCCGCUGCCCUGGCUCCGAGCUGGGCCUGAGGAGAUCCUGUGUUAUCUUGGAGGACCUUGGUUACUGAAAACAGAGAAAGAGGAGAUGAGGAGAGAAAAGGAGGCGCAAGAGGAGGCCAAGAAGAUUCAAGAGAGAACAGGAGUGGAAAAACAGAAGGAAAUGUUGGGAAGGAGGGAGAGAUAAAGUUUAUAUACAAGAUUAUUAUAAACAAAUGUACUAUAUAUAUUCAAGAAUAUUUUUGUAUUUUUAAUAAUGUAGAAUAGUUUUGUAACUUACACUGGUAUAUUUUAAAUAGACAUGGAAAAAUAGUUGGAUAUUUAAGUCAGAUAUGUGCACUUAGAUGUGAAUAUGUCACAUCAUAUCAUACAGUUGCCCCAAAAAGUAUACAGACACACUUCAUUAUAUUGCAUAGCAUAUGACACUUUAAAAUUUCCUAAUAUGUAUACUUUUUAUACCAGGAUGUUCCUCUGAGGUACUAUAUGAACUCUUUACAUCCAAAGGUGUACUUUUUGAAAGGGUACCACCCCAGCAACAGCUAGCGACCAUUUUUUGGCCAUUUUUUCUGAAAGUGCACUGUAUGAUUUGUUUGCUUUUUGAUUUUAAAAUGUUUUCCAGACAGGGAUUAGACUAGUCCUAGACUAAAAUAAAUGUAAGAGCUGUCCAAACUGAAAACUUGCACUGAUAUAUCUUAAAAUAUUUGCCGUUUGUUUUGCCUCAAAAUGCACAAAAGUUAUGGUUUUAGUAAUGCAUGUUUGUUAAAACUAAUUAUAUUUAUUUAAACUAAGGCCUAGUCCUGGCUUAAGCUAAUCCCUGUCCGAGAAACCACCAAUUAAUGUAUUGAUACCUUUUGGGGCAGCUGUAAUUUAAUGUUUUUCUUCAAGCCAUUAAAGCUAAUAUAUGGUGCAAUAGUAUAUAUUCUCUACAUAUAUAGGGAGUCAA